ACAAGUUUAAGUUUACAUUAGAAACACAAAAACAGAAAGAAAAAAAAUGAAAAACCAAAGUAUCUCCAACAUUUUUCUCAUUUGCUUUUUUCUCAUCCUUGUUCUCAAUUUUGCAGAGUCCCAAUCAUGUAGGCCUAGCGGAAAAAUACGAGGCAUAAAGCCACCUCCGGGACAAUGCAAUCAAGAACACGAUUCCGAUUGCUGUGUACAAGGGAAAAUGUACACUACAUUCAAGUGUUCACCUCCGGUGACCGGAAAUACUAAAGCUACAAUGACAAUAAACAGUUUUGCAGCUGGCGGUGACGGCGGUGGGCCAUCAGAAUGUGAUAAUCAGUAUCAUUCAGAUGAUGAGCUGGUGGUUGCACUUUCCACAGGAUGGUUUAAUAACAAGAGUAGGUGCUUGAAAUAUGUUAAUAUCCAUGGAAAUGGAAAAAGUGUUAGGGCUAAAGUAGUUGAUGAAUGUGAUUCUACUAUGGGAUGUGAUUCUGAUCAUGAUUAUCAGCCGCCUUGUCCGAACAACAUUGUUGAUGCCUCAAAAGCUGUCUGGAGUGGCUUAGGAAUUUCCGAUCCCGAUGAUGUCGGAUCGUUGGAUAUAUCUUGGUCAGACGCUUGAGUUCUUUA